UUUUCAAAGUUAUUAUGAGGUGGUGGUUAGGUGUGGUCUGUGUGUUUGUGUCCGUCUGAGGCUCAUCACUCUCCAACGCCUCUGGUAACGAAACGAACACACAUAUUGAUAUUGAUACGCAUUACUCUUAAUUCUAAACCCUAAUCCUCCUUUCCCAUUAUUCUCUUCUUCUUCUUCUUCUACCAGUCAAUCAUCUUCUUAUCCUCUCUCUCUUACUCCAAAACAAGCCAUGGCUUCUGCGACCGCCACGUGGACACCUUCCUCCCUCCAGCUCCGUCUCGCUUUUAGCUCCGGCGUCCGUCGGAAUUCUCGCGCCGUUUACUUACGACCGUCGCGAUUAGCUAGGAAAUCGGGUUGUGGAGUGGUCGUCUGUGUUUCGCAGAAGCCUGAAGUCGAUGCUGCCUGGACCGGAUCGGAUUCGUCAAAGUCGUCGGCUGAUAAUUUGGCUGGGUGGGAUGAUUCCGGCAACGAUGAUAAAAAGUCUGCUAGAGCUAAGAAGAAGAGUCUGAUUGAAGGUGUAGUUGGGGCUGGAGUUGCUGGAAUCGUUUUGUUUCUUGGGCUAAGCUAUGCAGCAGCAUCUUUUAACAAGCGAACAAAGAAACAGGAGAUGCACUCGUUGACUUCUCAGCAGGAAAGUAUGAUUCAGUCGUCUGAUGAAAUUUCUAGUGAUGAGAUCAAGGUAGAUAACAGUGAGGAAAACAGUCUUAAGGACGAGGGUAAGGGUGUAGAAAAUAAUGAUAUAGCUCAGCAAGGUGAUGAAGGGUCUGGUGAAGAUAAACUACUUGGUAAGGAGACUUUGCCAUUUGAUGGUGUAAUGUCUGAUGAAACAGAUGCUACUGAAAGGAUGCCCCAAGAUACGCCUGAAGCAGAUGUGAUGAUCAAUGUGGAAACUGAUCUUGAGACAGCAGAAAGUGAGAAGAUAAUUUCUGAAUCUAAGUCUCUGUUAGACUCAUCCACUGAGCCUAUUCUUCCAGAUUCAGAAAGUAGUAAUCUUGCGGAUGUGGAAAAUCCAGCUACUAAAGAUCCAGAUAGCCUUCCGAACACUGAACCAACCAAUGUGUCUGAUUUUGAAAAUCGUGCUAACAGUCAGAAGGAAACUGAGGAGCUUCCUGAGGUUUCUCCACUAGAUGACACGGGAACAGAACUCUCGACUGUAACUGAGGAGCUUCCUGAGGUUGACGGAACACCCGAGUACUUGACUGCGGGAAGUAUAACAUCAAUCUCAGACAUAGAUACAGCGAAAGAAACUGAAUCUUCAGAAACUCCUGUGCCAGAAUCAACAGAUGGGGUAAACGAUGAACUAAACAUAGAUCGUCAAGAUGAGGUCGACAACGGACCACCUUUGGAAAUACCAAGUGCUGGAAGUGCAUUUUCUUCUGCAGGAAUUCCUGCACCUUUUAUGUCUGUUCUAGUAAAUCCUGGAAAGAUUCUUGUCCCCGCAGCUGCGGAUCAGGUCCAGUGUCAAGCAUUUGCAGCUUUGCAAGUUCUGAAGGUCAUUGAAACUGACACCCAACCUAGUGAUCUAUGUACUCGCAGAGAAUAUGCCAGGUGGCUAAUUUCUGCCAGCAGCGAGUUAUCAAGAACCACAACUUCAAAAGUGUAUCCUGCUAUGUUUAUAGAGAAUGUUACUGAGCUUGCUUUCGAUGAUGUUACUCCAGAAGACCCUGAUUUCUCAUCCAUUCAAGGGUUGGCAGAAGCGGGGCUCAUCACGAGCAAGCUUUCUAACCGCGAUCUGCUUGACGAUAUUGAAGGCACAGUCUUGUUUUCCCCUGAAAGCCUUCUUUCACGCCAGGAUCUUAUAAGCUGGAAAAUGGCCUUGGAGAAACGACAGCUUCCAGAAGCUGAUAAAAAGAAGCUGUAUGAACUAUCGGGUUUCAUUGACAUCGAGAAGAUAAACCCAGAUGCAUGGCCUGCUAUUAUCGCAGAUUUAUCUAGUGGGGAACAAGGAAUCGCUGCCCUUGCAUUUGGUUGUACAAGAUUGUUUCAGCCUCAAAAACCAGUCACCAAAGGACAAGCUGCCAUUGCUCUUUCAAGUGGUGAGGCAUCCGAUAUUGUUAGUGAGGAAUUGGCACGUAUAGAAGCAGAAUCGAUGGCUGAAAAAGCUGUGUCUGCGCAUAACGCCCUUGUUGCGGAGGUAGAAAAAGACGUCAAUGCAAGCUUUGAGAAAGAGCUUUCCGUGGAACGGGAAAAGAUUGAAGCGGUCGAGAAAAUGGCGGAGCUAGCGAAAGUGGAGUUAGAGCAGCUGAAGGAGAAGAGAGAGGAAGAGAAUCUGGCCUUGGUGAAAGAACGAGCUGCUGUCGAGUCAGAAAUGGAGGUGCUCUCAAGGUUAAGACGCGAAGCAGAAGACAAGCUGGAGGAUUUGAUGAGUAACAAGGCGGAGAUAUCUUUUGAGAAGGAAAGGGUUUCCAAUCUUCGAAAAGAAGCUGAAGAAGAGAGCCAGCGGAUUUCAAAGUUGCAGUAUGAAUUGGAAGUUGAACGAAAAGCCCUGUCUAUGGCCAGAUCGUGGGCCGAGGAGGAAGGAAAGAGAGCUAAAGAACAAGGAAGAGCCUUAGAAGAGGCAAGAAAGCGAUGGGAAACAAAUGGACUGAAAGUUGUUGUUGAUAAAGACCUUCAAGAGACGAGCAUUGGAGAGACUGAAGAAAGUGUAUUACUCAACAAUGUGGAGAGAUCGUCGGUUGAAGAAACUGAGGAGAGAGCCAAAACCCUGAUGAAUAAGCUGAAAGAGAUGGCUGGAACCGUGGGAGGAAAAUCCCGGGAAGUGAUCUUCAUUGUGAUGGAGAAAAUACGAUCGUGGAUUACAAUUUUGAAGGAAUACGCAGAGAAUUUUGGAAAGCGAACUGGAGAAAUGAGAGAUGCGGCCGUUGUUAAGGCAAAAGGAGCUGCUGAGGAAGUUGGGAAAGGAACAGCUCAGGUAACCGAGAAGGUGAAGAGAGUAGCUGAGGAGUGUAGAGAUGGAGUUGGAAAGAUCUCCCAAAGGUUCAAGACCUAAGUAAGAAAAGUAUUUUAACUUUUUGUAUUUUCUUUCUAAAUGAUAAAAAUAAAAGAGAAUAAUGGGAUGGCCAUUACAUUUACAGUAUUGGUCCAGUGAUGAUCAGAACCCUAAAUUGUAUCAUUUUGUAAUUUUUUGUUGUGGUUACUAAUACUUACACUUCAGUGCAAUAUGUUAUAAGCUGCCUUGGUUAGUCAUAGGCGCUUUUCACUGCAGA